CCUCUCUGAGAAGAUGCAUCGUCUUCCUCUCACCCUGCUGUUCGCUGUCCUGUGCUCCAGGGCCAAAGCUGGGGAGAUCAUCGGGGGCACAGAGUCCAGGCCACACUCCCGCCCCUACAUGGCCUAUCUGGAAAUUGUCCUUCCUCAGGGUAACCUAGCCACAUGCGGCGGCUUCCUGAUAAGAAGGAACUUUGUGCUGACAGCUGCCCACUGUGCAGGAAGGCUCAUAGUGGUGGUCCUGGGGGCCCAUGACACAAAACAUAAGGAAGACACAUGGCAGCAGCUCGAGGUCAUAAGACAGUUUCCUCAUCCAAACUAUGACGAUAUGAGUGUCCAGCACGACAUCAUGUUACUGAAGCUCAAGGAGAAAGCCAACCUGACCCUGGCAGUGGGGACUCUCCCCUCACCCCAUUUCAAUGUCAUCCCACCUGGGAAGAUGUGCCGGGUGGCCGGCUGGGGAAGAACAAACGUGUCCGGCCCGGGCUCCCACACUCUGCAAGAGGUGAAGCUGAGAGUCCUGGAACCCCAGGCCUGCGGACACUUCCUCAAGUUUGACCACAAUCUCCAGCUGUGCGUGGGCAAUUCCAGGAAGACAAAGUCUGCGUUUAAGGGAGACUCAGGAGGCCCUCUGCUGUGUGCUGGGGUGGCCCAGGGCAUCGUGUCCUAUGGGAGAUCCGAUGGCCAGCCCCCCGCUGUCUACACCAGGAUCUCCCAUUACCGGCCCUGGAUCAAUGAGAUCCUGAAGGAGAACUAACCCUGAAGCCCGGCCAGCCUGAGAAGAAAUCUGAACUGGAUUUGAGCAGGUUCCCUGUUCCACUCACUCUCCAGCUGCCUCCAUUUCCUGUUGUAGUUCUAGCACAUCCACAAGCCUCAAAAAGAUUCCUCCAUAAACCUCAAUAAAGACCUCACUGCCAGACCUGAGGGAAUG